AUGGAAGCAAUCGGGCAUCGGCAACCUCGAUCAUUUUAUGGAGCUCCAAGUGUGUAUGAUCAGCACGGUAAGCGUGUGAAAACCUACACCUUCCGCGAGAAGGAAACACAAGUAGCAAGGAGCCGGGACAAGACCUCUCCUUGUUCUUAUAAUUAUGAACCUUCUCUUCCACAUAAUCAGCGUACAGAGAUCGCGAGCAAACCAGCUUCCCGGUCGUCGUGGUGGAAUGACAGGGAUUUGGAUAGAAAACGUAGGGUGGCCAAAUACAAGCUUUAUGCAGUUCCGGGUAAACUCAAGUCUUCUCUCCAAAAGGGGUUUCAUCAUUUGAAGAUGACAUGCAAGAAGAUUCUAGUUUAA